CGCUGCCUCUCUCUGCCGCGCCAGUGUUAAAAGCGUCGCGCGUCCACCGCGCAAGCAAGGGGCAGCCCCGCCCCUUCACAGACGAGCCCAGCGACUCCGCGGCGACCCUACGGCAAGCGCACAAGGCGCGCCGAGGCAGCCCCGGAGAGCGUCGAAGCGGCGUUAAGGCAAGGCGCGCGCCGGCGCGCGGUCCAUGGCCGUCGCGCUCCCGCGCGUCACCCGCCAGCAACUCAAGGAGCGCGAGCGGGACUGGUACGACAGCGGCGCCGUCAUGAGUCGCGCGCAGGGCGGCCACGGCCGGCCCGCGGAAGCGCUCCAGCCCGUCAAAUACAUGCUCGAGCAGACCUGCAUUACGUUGUCGAAGGCCGAGGCGAAACUGAGCGGAGGGAACAUGAUCGAGGACGGCUACGGCGGCGGCGGCGGCGGUCUGCCCGCGAUCAAGGGCGCCUCGUACGGCGGCGGCGGCGGUUACGGUGGAGGCGGCGGCGGCGGCUACGGUAGCUCCGGUGGAUAUGGCUCCUCAGGAGGAGGUUACGGUGGAGGUGGAGGGGGCUACGGCUCGUCGAUCCCGGCGGAUCCCUACGGCGGCGACGCGAACGAUCCUUUUAGCGCACCACCGGGCGGCGGCGGUGGUGGUGGCGGCGGCUACUUCGGCUCCUCCGGAGGCGGCGGCGGCUACGGGAGUAGUGGAGGCGGCGGCUACGGCGGCGGCGCGCCGUCCUACGGCAAGCAAGUAAGCUUCAAGGCCGAGGAAAUGAUGCAGAAGACGCGCACGGCGCCCGUCAUCGCCAACGACGGCAAAGGGAAUAGGCGAGUGUCGCUGUCCAUGACGGCGCAGCAGCGCGCGAAGAUCAACCAGGAGAACGUCAACAGAAUUACCCAUAGAUUAGAAGAGAUCCACGACGAGAUGCAUGAAUUGGAUGACAUCAUCUUCUUCGUGGAACAUUCCGAAUUGGUGAAGGUCAUCAUGCGCGUCAUGAUGGGCCGCGUGAAGAUCUUGCUGGCGAAGGCGUGGUCGCAGUGGGCGGGCGACUGCAACACGAUGGUCGGCUUCGCGGACCCGCGCGAGAUAAAGAAGCUCGAACCGUUGGUCGUCGAGGCGAAGAAGCGCAUGGAGAUCGCCGAGCAGGAGCUGGAAGAGAAGAUGCGGAAUUUCGUGAACAUGCGGCUGCGUACGGUCGACGACAAAAAACGCGCGUUCCUCAUCGGCAUCUUCGGCAAGGGCGGCGCCGAGGGCAAGCGCGCGGUCUUCAUGGAGUGGAAGAUCAAGGCGGCCGAGGCGACCAAAAUCUACAAGACCUGUAAAAGAUUUUUCAAGCGCAUCCUGAACCUCAAAGUCAGUAUGGCUAUAAGAAAAUGGCAGUCCGAGGUCUACUCCGCGAACAUGCCGCCCGAGGAGCAGAUCAAGCACCUCCAGUUCGCCGUCGAGCAGGCUCGGAAAGAUAUGAAAAUAAACGAGAAGCUCUACGAGGAUAUCGUCAUGGCGCAGACCGCCGCCGCGUUCGACGCUCUGUCCGACGACAAGAAGAUGUUGUUGAAACGCAUCCUGGGCCAGAUGCUGACGCACAUGAAGCGCGUGGUCAUCAAGGAGUGGAAGUAUAAAGUCGACAACUACGACCGGCAGCGGGCGCUGAUGACGGGAUUCAUUAAUAGGAUGAUGAAGAGUUACCUGCAGAAGGGCUGGGUGACCUGGGAGUACUACGACAAGGGUGCCGUGGCCUUCCGCGCGAAGCGGAGGACGAUCUACUUGCAGAAAAGCAUUACGACUCUGGGCGAUCAGGUCUCGAGGCUGGAUGACAUCCUGAAGGCGCAGCUCGAGGAGGUGGAGGUCAUGCGGCAGUGCGUCGAAACGCAGAUCAAGUGUUCCGAGCGGGUCUGUGCCGGGCGCGAAGCCGUCGCGGAUGCCUUGCCCGAAGCUAUUGAUCUGUGCGAGGAAGACCUGGAACCCCAGAUCGAGGCGCUCGCGGCGGAGGUGGAGAUGAGCUGCGACAUCCGGGACCUCAUCGAGGAGGGCGGCUAGGGCCGCAAAGAGUGUGUGCAGGCGCACGGCCGGAACUCCCCCCACCCCCAGGGCCCGCGCGCGCCAUAUAACUUUCGCUGCACAUU